CAGUGAGAGGCGAUUGGCUUGUGUGAAAAUCAAACAAAGCAAAACCAGCUAAAAAGUGUACAGGUUGAGCCGAUCACGCUGAAAUGAGACUUAAGUUUAUGGAAAAUGUCUGACUAGCUGUUUAAUUUGAUCAGCAAUGAAAUGUGUUUCCAGCUGAUAGCUGGUCAGACCAGGGUAGAUUUUUCAGCAGGGUAUUCGCACAGUUCCAAAUGUGUCCUAAAUGCCAUAUUAGCAUUCGUACAGCAAAUGAAGUAUUUGGUUGAGGAUCAUAUGUCAGAAUAAAAAAGUAAGGCAGGGAAGAUCUCAGAUCUCGCGCUUCCUCGCGAUAAGUCAUGCAGCACCUGCGCGGAAUGUCGGAGUUUGCGCAGAACGCCCUCUGCGGCUGAGCAACUCAUCUCCAUCCGUUCGCUUACUAAGAAAGUGCGUCUAAACAAAUUUCAUAUAAAGUGCCAUGGCUGACGCCGCGAUAUCAUUUGCAAAAGACUUUCUUGCGGGCGGAGUUGCGGCUGCUAUUUCUAAAACAGCCGUUGCUCCAAUCGAGAGAGUGAAACUGCUGCUGCAGGUCCAACAUGCCAGCAAGCAAAUCAGUGCUGACAAACAGUACAAAGGAAUUAUCGACUGUGUUGUGAGGAUUCCCAAAGAGCAAGGCUUUGCCUCCUUCUGGCGUGGCAAUCUAGCGAAUGUCAUCCGUUACUUCCCCACUCAAGCCCUCAACUUUGCCUUUAAGGACAAGUAUAAGCAGAUCUUCUUGGGUGGUGUUGACAAGCACACUCAGUUCUGGCGCUAUUUUGCUGGAAACCUGGCAUCUGGUGGUGCAGCAGGAGCCACGUCUCUUUGUUUCGUCUAUCCCCUCGACUUUGCUCGUACCCGUUUAGCAGCUGAUGUGGGAAAAGCUUCCUCUUCCAGAGAAUUCAAUGGCCUGGGUGACUGCCUGACUAAGAUCUUCAAGUCUGAUGGAUUGAGAGGCCUGUAUCAAGGCUUUAAUGUGUCUGUGCAAGGCAUCAUAAUCUACAGGGCAGCUUACUUUGGUAUUUAUGACACAGCCAAAGGCAUGCUUCCUGACCCGAAGAACACCCACAUCGUGGUCAGCUGGAUGAUUGCACAGAGUGUCACAGCAGUGGCUGGUGUGGUCUCUUAUCCUUUUGACACAGUGAGGCGCCGCAUGAUGAUGCAGUCUGGACGCAAAGGAGCUGACAUUAUGUACACUGGGACACUGGACUGCUGGAGGAAGAUUGCACGUGAUGAGGGCAGCAAAGCGUUCUUCAAAGGAGCUUGGUCUAAUGUUCUUAGAGGCAUGGGAGGUGCCUUUGUGCUUGUGCUAUAUGAUGAAUUCAAGAAAUACGUUUAAUCAUGCCAAGCAAGUAGAUUUAAGCAAGAAUUUAAAAAGUCAUAUAAUAGAUCUAAUUGCUAAAGUUUGUCAUGCUUUCCCAAAACAUUGUUCCCUCUGCAGUGUGUAGCUAGUUAUCUAUGUAAAAGGCCAGCAUAAAUCCUUUAUAUUAUUUAACCUGUGUAGCAUUUAUUUAAACAAUGUGAAUUAGUUUUUAUUAGUAUGUUCUAAUCUAAAUAGUACAGAUAUAAAUAGUAAUUUAUUUUUGUUGCACAUCUUUAAUAAAGUCAUGUUUGGAAUGUUAUUUUCCUGUGUAUAAACACUUGUCACUGCUAUGAUCAUGCAGUAAGUUUUGACAGUAUUUGUAAAUGGAUCAGGCUCUAAUGUAAUGGCUAGUAUAUAACAAUGGUUUAUCUUUACUCCACAGAAAUAUUAGGAGGAAUUGCAACAUUGCUACUUAAGAUCUCUAAUAACAGGAAUGUAAAAGCAAAUAAAGUAGCACAUACAACAGAUUCAAAUUAGACGAUGAAUUUCUGUCCAAAGUUGUAUAUGCCUAGCGCUUGGCUGGGUCAGAGAUUUAUUCAACAUGAUGGUUUAAUUGCCCUCUUUGCGAAUUGGAGAAAGAUCAGCACGAUAAAUAGCUCUGACAUUCUUACCACAGUGCUAAAGUAAUGACCUUCACAUUCAGAGCCUAGGUGACAUGACAAGUAAACUUUUGUGGAACAAGGCUAAAAGUAUUUUCCUUCUCAAGCAAUAAGGGAAGUCCUAUUUUCAUGGUGAUCUUCUUGUCAUUAUGUCAAGUUAUUUCAGACUCUUCUCGAUUAAUUAGAUCCCAUUAUCAGGAACAUAAUGUGAAAAGGACAGGACAUUGUGUCCACACUGAAAAGAGACAUUGCCCCUCAUAUGUAAAAUGUUGUAAUCAAAUACUGAGAGUCCACAAUGUUAUUCUUGACUAAACAGCAGAAAUGCUUGCAAACACAAUAAAAUUAAAUACCUCACA